AUGCCUCGACCCUCAAAGCGACUUAGGCGGUCCCCUACCGCUGAUAGCACACCGUCGACUUCGACAAGUGAAGAGCACUCAAGUCUCACACAUGAGCGCGACAGCCUGGCUGGAAGUGAACCGAGACCAGGCAGUGAGCCCGAUGCAGCCAUGGAUCCCACUCUGCUGGAUGAAGAGGUAAUACCAGAAGCUGAAGAGGCCUUGACCAACAAAAAGAAGGUCGGUAAAGCAUACGCCUUUGGCAGUGGCGGCUACAAUUCUCUGAAAUCCUUCAACGGCCAGUACUACUCCGGCAUGGCGGUUGGUGGCUCUCACACUUGGAACUACGACGGCGGCGUGUGGCACGAGGUCAAGGCGGAACCGGACCUGUGGAAGAUAAACUACGAGACGAAGAAAAGGAGGGCCAGAAAGGCCCCCGAACGAAGCGGUGCGCCCGUAGGCACCGAGUACCAUUGGCUAAUUGUUGCACACCAGCACGUACGGAAAGUCGAUGCAAACACCUACGAAACACACCUCGAGGGAUCGAAAUAUAAGCUUGCUCAUAAAGUCGCCACGUCGAACUCAUGGUCGAUUCCCACGGUGAAGGGACAGCGCGCACGCGAGGUGGAAUUAUUGGAAGACGCCAAGCGACGCGUUCAACAGUUGCCGCCUGUAUUGGGCAGUGAAAAGGUCAAGGUGAAGGCGGUCGAGAAGGGGCAGCAGAAGCUCGAGGACAUGUUCAAAAAGAACCAAGAGAUCUUGCAUGUCUGCUCUGCAGCAACGAGAAAACUAGCAAAGUUCUGGAAAGCGAUUCACAGCAAAGAUAGGCUUACGCAUCCAUUGAUUCGGCGUAAUGGCAAGCUAGAGAAAGCGUCGUGGGACGAAGCGAUGGAACUUGUUGUGCAAAAGGACAAAGAGCUUCUCAGACGGAUCACCGCGCAUAGCAUCGCGUUUUAUACGAUGGGACAGUUGUUUCUCGAGGAGUAUUAUGCAUUGGCCCUCAUUGGUAAAGCAGGGCUUCAGACAUUUUAUGUGGACGGUAACACGCGACUUUAUACCGCAACCGCAGUUGCCUCCAUGAGGGAAUCAUUUGGUUCGGAUGGCCGACCAGGAUCGUAUACGGAUAUUAACUACACUGACUGUUCGUUUCUUGUGGGCCAUAACAUGGCAGCUACACCAACUGUGCCCUGGUCCAGAGUCCUUGAUAGAAUACAUGGUCCUAAACCUCCCAAAUUAAUUGUAGUCGACCCGCGUUACUCGGAGACAGCAGGAAAGGCGGAUGUGCAUCUCACGCCGCGGACAGGAACGAAUCUAGCCUUGCUCAACGGUAUCCACCACCUGCUGUUCAAGAACGACUGGAUUGACCGGGUUCACGUCCAGAAGCACGUGGUCGGCCUAGAGACACUUGAGAAGACCGUCUCGAAAUAUACUCCGGAAAAUGUCGAAGAAAUCACUGGAGUUACAGCCACGAAGCUCCAGCAGGCGGCGCAAAUAAUCGGGACAACACUAACUCUGCAGUCUACAGCUGCUUUACAAGCCCUGUAUCAGUCCAACCAAGCCACGGCAAGUGCUUGUCAGAUAAACAAUAUCAACCUUCUUCGCGGACUCAUUGUUCAGCCUGGCAGUGGCGUGCUCCAGAUGAACGGACAGCCCACGGCUCAAAAUAACCGCGAAGUGGGUUGUAACCACCAAAAUUCGGCACAUUUCGACGAACUGGCCAAGCUUUGGAACCUGGACAAGAUUCGCAUCCCACACUGGAAUGAGCCGACUCACAUAGAGAACAUGCGAAAGUUUAUGCAAAAUGGAACUAUACGCAUGGUCUGGGUCAGUGGGACAAAUCCACUCGUCAGCCUUCCGAACUUGUCAGCAAUCAUAGACAUGUUUACCCAAGCGGAGAUUUUUGUCGUCUGUCAAGAUAUCUACUGGACUGAGACGGUGGUCGUGGCAGAUGUUGUCCUACCUGCUGCUCAGAGGGGAGAGAAGACAGGAUGUUUUACAAAUGCUGACCGGACAGUGCACAUUUCCCACAAGGCUGUCGACCCUCCGGGAGAAGCAAAAGCCGACCUUGAUGUAUCCUUAUCCUUUGCGCGCAGAAUGGCAUUCAGGGAUAAUCAACACCCCCAAGGCAAAGAGCGACUGUUCGACGAUGGGGUCUUCUUCACGGACAUGGAUUAUGGUAAAAGCUUUGGGCACGAUUUAGAAACAGGCGCCCCGUUCGCCGCGCAAUAUUACAGGCAACUCAACCCUGCCGGGCGAGCAAUCCUGAAAGCCUGUCACUAUUUGCCAAGUUACGAGAUGCCCAAUGCCGAGUACCAGCUUCGACUCUCAACGGGUCUUAAUGUGUACCACUUUCACACCAGGACGAAGACGGGGAGGACAGCCCUUCAGGAAUCUUGCCCAGAACCCCAUGUCCGGAUUUCAGAGAAGGAUGCAAAAACAUUCAAUGUAAGCAAUGGAGAAAUGGUGAUGGUCAAGUCAAGAAGAGGCGAGGUCGAGCUCAAGGCCUCCGUCGGAAAGAUUUCCCAAGGGGCUCGUGCUGCUAAUGAGCUGACAAUUCGAGCAGUGCAGAUCCUAAAAGUGCCCAUCCCGAAUCAACCAAGCAACAGUACACAUCCCGCUACUAUCAAGGAAAAUCAAACCGAAGCAGUCUGCGCAGCGUGUAACAAGGACGCAGUCACUUCAACCAAAGCCCCUGACGACCUCGCAAAUCGCAAACGACACCUUGAGCUCUGGCUAGGAGAGACUUACGAGGCCAUUAAUCUCCUAAACCAAGUUCUGGAGAAUCUCCUGCCAAAACUUCUCCUCGAUUCAGACGCGCAUUCUGGCAUACGGUCCCUCCACAUGAUCUGCGAGCGAAUUCGCCGCUGUCUUGAGCCACAGGUUGAGAAAUUCGGAGAGGAAAAAGGAAGCUGGGCGUAA